AUGGGUGGCAGUAAGCGCAAAGCUACAGAUGAUGCGGAGGAGUCGAAUGAUCCUGCGCGGCGCCAGAAACUGAAGCAAGCACGCAAAGAAGAAAAGGAAAAGAAACGAAGCAUCAAGGAGCAGAAGGAGAUUUCUGCUCGUGAGCCCCAGCUAGAUUCUUCAGGGACAAAGCUGAAGAAAAACAAAGAGAAGUCCAACAACAAGAAGGGAAAAAAAUUGGGUGUUUCUGAGGCUAAGACAGAAGCUGAUGUCGAAGCUGUGGACGAGAUGGAUGUGAUCGAUGAAACUCAAGAAAGCGGAGAGAAGGAAAAGAAGGAGAAGAAGGAGAAGAAGGAGAAGAAGGAAAAGAAGGAAAAGAAGGAAAAGAAAGACAAGGAGGACAAGGACAUCGGUUCAAACGGCCUCAGCGCUGUAGUCAGUGCGAGCGAAUCUCAGGAGGAAAACGAUACUGCCGAGACCCACAUUGAGGAAGAAACCGAAGCAUCUCAAGGGAAAUCGUCGCGUUUCAUCUGUUUUGUUGGCAACCUGCCAUACUCCGCAAACCACGAGUCUCUUACAAAGCAUUUCGCAAAGAACCCGCCAGCUUGUGUACGCGUGGCCACUAAGAAAGACGACCCCAAAAAUCGAUGCCGAGGUUUUGCUUUCAUCGAAUUUGAUAACUACGACCGCAUGAAGACAUGUUUGCAAUUAUACCACCACUCCAAUUUCGAUGAUGGAAAGUACCCUCCUCGACGGAUCAAUGUGGAACUAACGGCUGGGGGAGGGGGUGCAAAAUCAGAUCACCGCAAGGCAAAGAUUCAGGCUAAAAACGAAAAAUUGAAUGAUGAACGUCAGCGCAAGGCCAAGGAUAUCAAGAAGGGCAAGAAUAAGCAUGAGAGACAGGCAGCACCUCAAGGGGUUACUGGCGCCAAUGCAAUUAAGGUUGAUGGGGUCAAUAAUGCCGAUGAUGAUGAUAAGUUCGCAGGUGUGCAUCCUAGUCGCCGAGGCCGCAUGUGGUAA